GGGGAGGCCGAACUGCCCGCUUUCUGCAAAAGAUCACCGCUCCGUCGUUCCAAUCGGGCAGUUUGAACCCUCGCGCGGUUCAAGUUGCCUGCUGCAGGUGCCGGGCCCCGCCGUCGGCUGUAUAGCGUAUGGGAUGGGCGAUUUUGGCGAAAUUAAAGUAUGACGUCGCUAGGUAGGUCUGGGUUGAAAGGGCAGUUGGAGCCACAGACUCCCCUCCUUGUUACUGAGGGAAUGCCUUUUUGGUUAUUUCUUUUCUUUCUGGGUCCCGCAAGACUUCAAUCCACCAGCAGUCUCCUGGCCGGCGUCGCUGCAAUAUUGGGCCAUCCACCCAUUAGCUCAGCCAUGAGCCAUGGUCUGAUGCCAUACCCGGAGCGAGUGAAUGGCUCAGUGGCAAAUGAAUACAAGUCCUUUCCGACCAAGUAGAAAACAGUCACCAGUCUAUACUCAAUGUAAUGUCCA